AUCAUCAACAAGUCCCAUCAAAAAAUUAAAAAGCAAUUUCAAACUUUGGAACUAAAUUUGAAUAUUUCAUUUUCCAAUCAUCGUUAUGUGAUGACGGUUUAUAGUUGAAUUUUAUGUUUAAUAAUUCUUCGUCGAUGAACUCGCGCUAUCUAAACAUCAAUAGUUCAGUAUUACGAAUGUUGUCAUAAGGUGGAUCCGUAGUCGUACAAAUUUUGUAGCAGAUACCCAACGGAAAUUACAUCGCAUCGCUUUUAAAAAUGGCUGAAGAUUUACCAGAAAGCAGUGGUACGUUUUCCACCUUUACUACUUACUUUAUCAAUAUUCCCUUACUCGGGAUCAUUUUCUACUUGAUAUGGAAAAUUUUCAAAAGCCGAAGUGAGUUUGAUAAGCCGGUCACGUACGUGUCUACUGCGGCCCCUCCGAUGAAGAAACGAGAUUUCACUUUGGAAGAACUCAAAGAAUUUGAUGGCACCAAAGGUGAAGGAAGAGUUUUAGUCGCCGUUAAUAACAAAGUAUUCGAUGUAACUCGCGGAAAAAGGUAUUACGGACCUGGAGGACCUUACGCAGUAUUCGCUGGUCGAGAUGCGUCUAGAGGUUUAGCUACAUUUACAUUGGAUGAGCCUAGUGACAAAUACGACGAUCUGAGUGAUCUAAAACCAUCUGAAAUGGAAUCAGUCUUAGAAUGGGAAAUGCAGUUUAACGAGAAAUACGACUACGUUGGCAAACUAUUGAAACCGGGCGAGUCCCAUAACAGCUAUUCCGAUGAUGAAGGUGAAGCGAAUCCGAAAGAGGAUGAAGUUAAUCCUAAAGAAGAUGAAACCGCCCAGAAGUCAAAAGACGAUUAAAAUGAUAGAAUUUAUUUUCGAAGCCACGUUUUAAUCAAAUUAUGUACGCGUGUUUGUAUUAAGUUACAGGGUAAUGUAAUGAUUCGAAGAAUUCGCAAAAUUAAAGUACUGUAUUUCCGUUAAAACUACUUAGAAGUGAUCAACCAUGGAUUCAUUUCAAUUAUACUUAAUCUUAAUUAUGAAUUUCGUCGACGGCUAGUUUUAAUAUUUUACAACUUAUUAUUGUGAUAUGAAGAAUCGUGUUCCGUAUGGAUUUUUUUCAUUUGCUUUUCAAGUUUACGCUGAAGUACGUGGAGAGUUUUCUAUUUAUUUUAUUCCUAUAGGCAACUUCUGAGUAGUUAUCUUUUUUCAACUAAAUGUGUCGCAUCACUUGUUUGUGAAUUUUUAAGAAUGGUGUUUGUUGAUUGUUACAAUUUUUAAUUUUCAAUUAUUGUAAUCCUUUUUAAGCUUAUUUUAUAAGUCAUUUUUUCCUAUCAAUUUCUUUUUCAUUUAUAAUCUAUCUGUAAUAAUGUGUGUAGUAUUUAUCGGUAUAAGGAUAAUGUAAUGUAUACUUGUUUUAAUUGUGUAAUUAUUAAUUUUUCAGUCAUUAAACUGGCGAUUAGCACAAA